AUGAACGACAGCGACCAUUUUGAAGAUGAUAUAGCUGAAGACAUUGGUGGUAGCUCUCUGAAUAAAGAAUCUCCCAGUUUGAAGGCAGAUGAAGGAAAUCAAAGCCAAGAUAAAAUUAGAGAUGAAGCUGAAGAGAGUAAAAUGAAUGAAUCAGAUCUACUUGAUGCUGAGCCUAGUGAUGAUGGGGUAGAAGGAGAUAUGCCAACUCCUGGAGAGAAUAAAAGUGAACCCCUCGCUCAAAGAGAAGACCGAACACCUCAAGAGAGGCAGUCCCAGACCUCAGAAAGAGAAUCUAAUAAUAUCUUCAUCACUGAAAAGCCAGCUGAUGAGGAAGAGGAGGAUGAGCAUCAGCUUGCUGAAGACGUCAAACAAGAUGAACCUGCACCUCCUGGGCAGCUUUCUAGUCAUCCUGAGAGUCAAGCUGAGGGUCAAAUUGUCCCAUACUCUGAACAGGAAGAGAUGGAAAUUAUUUACUCUGAGGAGGAGAUAGCUAGUUUUAAAAAUAUAUUCGACAUGUUUGACAAAGACAAUACAGGAUAUAUUAACCUAGCUGAUUUCCAGUCAAUCAUGGACUCACUCAACAGGAACAAGGAAGAAGUUGAAGAACUUCUUGAAGAAUUUGGAUUUGGGAAAGAAAAUGGGCUGCUUAGCUUCCAAGAAUUCAUUGUCUUAAUGCAAGCGCUGGAAAAGAGGAUAGUUGUUAAUGAAGAUCACGAAGACAGUCAAGGUCACGAAGGUGAAGGUGACAACAUGGAGGAACUCAAAAUAGCUGAAUCAGAAGACCACGAAAGCCCAAGAUCUGCUACAGAGGAAGAGCGAGCACAGUAUGGUUCUCUCCUCCCUCGAACAGGAGUGCAUUUCCUACCUGACACUAAAGUUAUCGACUUCCUCAAACUUCUUGAUGAGUAUCGGAAAUAAGUGUGAGAAGAGUGGAGAAUUCUCUGAAGCGAAGAGAGCAAGGAAGAAAUUCCAGGAUUUAAAAGAAAAAGAGACUUUACGGCAGCAGAACAACAUGAGGACAGCUCAAGAGCAAGAACUUUUGACUGUUGAGAAUGCUCAAAAGGCACAAUUUAUCGAAUUUUCUCAAGCCUGGGACAACUACAUGAGUGAUUAUGAAGCUACUGCUUACCUUUCCUUGGAAAAACUGAAAGAGAAGCAUCUCAUGGAGAUUGAGCAGCUGCAGGAUAAAAUUAGAAAGGAAUCUAAAAUUAAGCUAAAAUUAUCCAAAGAGCUUCUCGAGAUGAGAAAAUAAAGUGAGACUUCUUGUAUCAAUGAAGGAAUAUGAUGAAGCUGAGAUAGUAGAGGAUCAAGCUAAUACACUAGAGGCGAUCGAGAGAGAGAAGAAUGAGGAAGAGCUUGAAGAGAUUAUAUUAAAGCAAGAAGAAAAACUCAGGAAGAAACAGCAACUUGCGUUAUCAGCUUUGCUUAAAAGAAUCCAAAGGGAUAGAAAUGAGCAGUUGAAGCAUCGCCAAAUGGACUCUCAGAGGCUUAUUCAGAGGAAUAAAAACUUGCUCCUAGACCUGUUGAAGAAACAAAAUAUGGAGAUUAGGAGAACUACUCAGUUUCUAAAUUUUGCUUUAGGGACUAGGUCUCCUGCAAAUCCUUCUUAUCCAAAAUCAAAGCAUUACGUUGACCCUAAUGAUGCUAAACUCAAUUUCCCAAAGAAUAAGGCUCCGUAUUACGACCCAAUUUCAAAAACAGUAAAGGUUCCCGGAAAGGAAAGAAAGGGAUAUAAUCGUAAGAAAUCGACAGGUAAAAAUAAAAAGAAAAAGGGGAAGACUGGUGGAUCAGAAGAGAAGGUAAUCAAUCCUCAACCUGUAACAGAGGAAUAGUCUG